UUGGGAAAACGUAUUUACCUAACUCUUGCCAAUCAUCGUUCCCCUCAUUGCUAGAGAGAUUAGAUUCGAGAGAGAAGAAGAAGAAGAAGAAGAAGAUGAGUUUCCAAGACCUCGAAGCUGGCUCUCGGUUCCAAUCGCCGAAUCGUUUCACCGGGGUGAGGAGGCAGCAUCAGAAACCUCUGUCUCGUGGGGAUCCGUCUCAGGAGGUAGCCGCCGGGAUUUUCAGGAUCAGCACGGCCGUCAAUUCCUUCUUCCGCCUCGUUAAUUCGAUCGGAACGCCUAAGGAUACUCUCGAUUUGCGAGAUAAGCUGCAAAAGACAAGGUUACAGAUAUCAGAACUGGUGAAAAAUACGUCAGCUAAGCUUAAAGAAGCUAGCGAAGCCGACCUCCAUGGAGCAACUACUCCAAUUAAGAAGAUUGCGGAUGCUAAACUGGCGAAAGAUUUCCAAUCAGUUCUCAAAGAGUUUCAGAAAGCUCAGAGACUUGCAGCUGAGAGAGAAUUAACAUAUACUCCUGUCGUCACUAAAGAUAUGCCUACCAGUUAUAAUGCACAGGAACUGGAUAUUGAAUCUUUAAGGACCUCCCAGGAGCAAACUCUUCUUCUACAAUCAAAAAGGCAAGAAGUGGUGUUUCUAGAUAACGAGAUAACAUUCAAUGAAGCAAUUAUUGAGGAAAGAGAGCAAGGAAUCAGAGAAAUUCAAGAGCAGAUUGGUGAAGUGAAUGAAAUCUUCAAAGAUCUAGCUGUUUUAGUGAAUGAUCAAGGAGUUAUGAUCGAUGACAUCAGCUCCAACAUUGAUAAUUCACAUGCUGCAACUGCACAAGCCACUUCUCAACUCAGAAAAGCAUCUAAAACUCAAAGAGCAAACUCAUCCUUGACAUGCCUUCUUAUUCUCAUAUUUGGGAUUGUUAUACUCAUUGUCAUCAUCGUUGUCCUGGUCUGAGCACCAAGCUUUAAGCAUCAACCGAAGAAGAGUCGAUCAAACUAUACAAGUUGCCACAUUAAAGAUAUAUAUAUAUUUAUUGUACAGAUUCUUUGUACUGCAUCGUCCUUCUUCCCUUGCAAUCGAAUUGAAUCUUAACGUUUAUGUAUUAAUCCAUCUUACUGAUCUUUAUAGCAAAAGAUACGAAAAUGUUAUGGCUGAUGUCUAUUA